GUCCGCUGUCACAGCGCCACGCAGCGGCGGAAGUGCGUAAACCCGGAAGCGCAAGCCGAUCUUUCUUGACACCAAACAAAAGCCCUCGGAAGUGUCGCGUCUGCUUUUUAUUCGGGACAGAGAAACUGAAGAUUAAGUUUGAAAAUGUUACCGAACAAAGCGCUCACUGAAGAACGAUAUAAACCGCGCGAAUAUAGUCGGAUUUAUUAGCUUAGAUGGAUCGAUUCUUUAUUUACAUUUAGUAGAUUUAUUUGUCUGUGUAAGAAGAAUAUUGUGAUUUCUGUGUAUUGUACGGCUGCAAAUGGUUUAAAUAUCAGGUUUAAACUCUCUGUUUUAUGGAGAAUUAAGUAAAUCUGCGUCUGUUUCCUACCAAGUUAACGUUAGCAUUGUUCGCGUUUACUUUUCACGUUUCGACUGUUUCUGUUAGAGCCCUAUUGUUGCUCAUUAUCUGCUCGGACAGUCACAGAGAAAGCCGUUCAUCCAGGAUGACUCUGGCAGUGUUUUUUGGCUGUGCUUUCAUAGCGUUUGGUCCGUCUUUCUCCUUGUUUGUCUUCACCGUCGCCAAAGACCCGUUACGAGUCAUCAUUCUGAUCGCAGGGGCGUUUUUCUGGCUGCUGUCUCUGCUCCUGUCCUCUCUGGUGUGGUUCAUCGCUGUAAAGGCCAGUAACUCGCAGGAUCUCGGGCUUCAGAGGGGCCUGCUGAUGUUCGGGGUCUUCUUCUCGGUCCUGCUCCAGGAAGUCUUUCGCUUUGUCUACUACAGACUGCUCAGGAAGGCCAACGAGGGUCUGGCAGCCAUUAGUGAUGAUGACGGCUCAGCUAUUUCGGUGCGACAGAUGGCUUACGUGGCUGGGCUGGGCUUUGGGAUCAUGAGUGGUGCGUUCUCAAUGAUCAACGUCCUGUCUGACUCUCUGGGUCCCGGGACGGUCGGCAUCUUUGGAGACUCACAGUAUUACUUCAUUACAGCAGGUGAGCUCCUGCAAAGCCUCAUGGGCCAUGAGUAA